AUCAGAACGUCGAAUUACUUUAAAAAAUAAUGGCUUCAGCAGCAGACAUCCAAGCUAAAUUAAACUACUACGUUGGCCAAGUUGACAAGCAGCUUGCAGCUUAUCCACAACUCGCAAAGAUUGAAUCACAACUCGGCGUUCCAAAAGCCUACGUUGUACCUGGUUUAGCUUUAUUGCUUUUCCUUUUCGUCUUUUUCAACAUUGGUGCUUCAUUCAUCAGCAACCUCAUUGGUUUCGCUGUACCAGCUUACUACGCUUUCCUUGCUAUUGAAUCACCUGGCCAUGACGAUGACAUCCAAUGGCUCACCUACUUUGUCGUCUUCUCUUUCUUCACUUUUGCAGAGAGCUUAGUAAAUAUCGUCACUUACUUCCCAUUCUACUACCUUUUCAAGAUCGGAUUCACUGCUUGGCUCAUGCUCCCACAAACAAAGGGUGCUAAGACACUCUACUUGAAUGUUCUCCGUCCUGUCCUCUUCUCAAAGAACAAGACACAACCAAGAGGUUCUUUCACAGCUGACGAUUUACGCCAAAAAGCUAACGCCGCUACUUCAGAUUAAAUUUCUCCCGCAAGCUAUCAAAAGUUUACUAUGAAGAAAUGAAAAUUUUAUGUUUUUUGUUUUCUAUAUGCUUUUAUCUACAAUUAAUCCAAUAAAAAAAAUAAUGCC